UUAGAAACAGAAAACUGCAAAAGUUACCUGGAGACGCCAGUGACGAGCGCGCGCACGCAACACGACGCGAAGGAAAUCAAAACGGAAGACGAGAAACCUUUCUUAAAUAACGAGAGCAGCGUGUGUGGAGGAAACAGUCUAGCUCGCCUUAGAUGUAUAGUACAAGCCUUAUCCAAAGACAUCGUCCAAUGACACUAGAGUAAUUAGCUUAUUGUCUCUAAUGGUGUUUAUUAUUCUAACCCCCUUAUUCAUUGACGUUAUUAAUCUAAGGACGGAGCAUUGCUGU